UUUUUGACAUAUCUCUCUUGCGUACGGGGGAGAACGUCGCGACCACGUUUUAAAUUUUAUAUUAUCAACAAAAACAUGCGGUGAUUUCAUUCUCAGAUUACGUAGAUAAUUCGAGUGUAUCAGUCGCGUUUCGCAAUCGCCUAAGUUUAGUUAAUCUUACGCCGGUAAAAUACAAAUAUUACAUAAUGAAUACGAGCGACUGCACAUGUGAUGAGGGUCUUCUGGUGGGCAUCGGGAACCCUUUACUGGAUAUUUCGGCUUCUGUGGACGAUGCCCUGCUCGCCAAGUAUGACAUGAAGCCUGAUGAUGCCAUCAUGGCAGAGGAGAAACAUAUGCCACUGUACAAAGAGCUUAUGGAAAAUUCUCAAGAACCAAGUGGGAAAACAUACAAUGCUGAGUUCAUAGCCGGUGGCAGCGUCCAGAAUACCCUCCGCGUCGCACAGUGGAUCCUCAAGAAGCCUCACAUCUGCACUUACUUCGGCUGUGUGGGCAAUGACGAUUAUUCUAAGAUACUCGAGAAGAGAGCUGUCUCCGAAGGCGUUAUCGUAAAGUACCAGGUGACCGACGAAGUCCCGACGGGCACCUGCGCGGUGCUCGUGACGGACACGCAUCGCUCGCUGUGCGCUAACCUGGCCGCGGCGCAAAAGUUCACCCCCGAUCACCUGGCUAAGGACGAGUGCCAAGAGCUCAUAAAGAAGGCGAAGUACUUUUACACAUCUGGUUUCUUCGUAGCGGUAUCUCCCGAGUCUAUCCUUCAAUUAGCAGAUCGCGCGAACAAGGGCGGCCAUGCUUUCAUCAUGAACCUUAGCGCGCCGUUCGUGUCACAAUUUUACAAGGAGCCACUGGAAAAGAUCCUGCCUUAUGUUGACGUACUUUUCGGCAAUGAGAGUGAAGCCGAAGCCUUCGCGACAGCCUUCGGCAUCACCGAAAAGGACCUCCAAGCGAUAGCCCUCAAAAUAGCCAACAUGCCCAAACUCAACCCGUCCCGACCACGCGUGGUCGUAAUAACCCAAGGUUGCGAACCCGUCAUCCUCGUAGAAAACGAAAAAAUAACCUUAGUACCUGUCAAUAAACUGUCAAGAGAACAGAUCAUAGACACGAACGGUGCGGGGGAUGCGUUCGCGGGCGGGUUUUUGAGCCAGAUGGUGUUAGAGAAGGAUUACACGACGUGUGUUAAGUGCGGUAUAUACGCGGCGACGCACGUGAUCCAGCAGUCUGGGUGCACGUUAAACGGCGUGAGUGACUUUAAAUCUAGCUAGGUAGUUUUUUUUUUAAGGAAAGGUAGAUGGUUUAUGAAUGGGAAGAGAUACACAUAUUUGAAUAGUUCAGUUGAGGAGUGUCUUUUCAAAAGCCAAAGGGCUUAUUUCCACUUUGAACUUUUUUUGAGAAAUCGAGAAAAACAUAAUUCCACGGU